CUUUGCAUCAUUUGUAGCAAGUAUAGUGGUAGUAUAUAUAUAAAAUUAACCAUGAGCAUCGUUGUUACUAUCAUCUUGAUCUUUGCUAUUUUAGCGGUGAGCCUUGACGGUAAAAGAGAGAAAACCAUGGAGCCGUGUCUCGAGUCGAUGAAGACGGCUUCACUGCCUGAUCUUCCUUACGCUUACGAUGCGCUAGAGCCAGCGAUCAGUGAGGAGAUCAUGCGGUUGCACCACCAAAAACACCACCAGACUUACGUCACUCAGUACAACAAAGCUCUCGGCAGCCUCCGCUCCGCCUUGGCCGACGGUGAUCACUCCUCCGUCGUCAAACUCCAAAGCCUCAUCAAGUUCAACGGCGGAGGUCACGUUAACCACGCAAUCUUCUGGAAGAACCUAGCCCCUGUUCAUGAAGGAGGUGGUAAGCCACCGCAAGAUCCUUUGUGUUCUGCGAUCGAUGCUCAUUUCGGAUCCUUAGAGGGAUUGAUGCAAAAGAUGAAUGCUGAAGGCGCUGCUGUGCAAGGAUCUGGAUGGGUGUGGUUUGGAUUAGACAAAGAGCUGAAGAGACUUGUCGUUGAGACCACAGCCAAUCAGGAUCCGUUGGUGACUAAAGGACCACAUUUGGUACCUCUAAUCGGGAUUGACGUAUGGGAGCACGCUUACUAUCCGCAGUACAAGAAUGCAAGAGCGGAGUACUUGAAGAACAUUUGGAGUGUGAUCAAUUGGAAAUAUGCCGCAGACAUAUUCGAGAAGCACAAUCGAGAUCUAAACGAGUUUUAGGGAAACAUAUAUAACAUCUAUGUCUAUAUAUGUCGAUAGAGUUGGUAAAGCCUAAUGUUUGAUAGAGUUAAUAAAAAUGGAAGUAGUGAAGAUCCAAUAAUUACAUUAAAAAUGCCAUGUACCUUGGGAAAGAAAUAAUGAUGUUGUUAUGUGCUGUGUGAUAUAAAGCUGUGAAUUGUGAUUUGUAUAGGCUUAUAGGCGACGGAUUCACUAGGUUACGUGCUGUGAUAUGAAGUAGUGAUUUGGUAAUUUUGGUAUAAGAUAUAUGACCUUGUUUAUUAACGUCAUU